CUUUAAGCUCCUCCCUCACACUCGUUACCGUCUUCGUCUCAUCUUCUUAUUCAAUUGCCGGCAGUCAAAUAAACUCGGGUACUCAGUGAACUUAUUAUUCAAUCACACAAAAUGGUGGCCGAGUUGAAGUACGAGAUCUCACAGAACGCUUACAUCAAGUUGGUUCUACAUGCUCUGAAGCACAAAACCACAGCGGUCAACGGCGUCUUACUCGGCCGAGUCAACCCGCAAAAUGAAAGCGUCGUUGAGAUCAUCGACUCAGUCCCUCUAUUCCACUAUAAUCUUGCUUUGUUGCCUCCUCUCGAGAUCGCCCUCAUCAUGAUUGAGGAACAUUAUGGAUCCAAGGGCUUAGGAAUUGUGGGCUAUUUUCAUGCAAAUGAGAGGUUUGGUGAUGCAGAGCUAGGCAUUGUGGCGAAGAAUAUAGGUGAUCAUAUUUGUCGGUACUUUCCCCAAGCUGCUGUUUUCUUGUUGGAUAACAAAAAGCUUGCAGCUUUGCCCAAGGGGAAAGACCAAAGUCCUGUACUGCAGCUUUAUAUAAGGGAUGCAUCCAAGAAUUGGAAACUGGCUGGACCAGAUGGAGGCAGCCGAUUGGUAAUUAAGGAACCAGCGGCUAAUGUUGUUUUGUCGGAUUACAUUUCAUCUGAAAAAUGGCAGGAUGUUGUGGAUUUUGAUGACCACCUCGACGACAUUAAGAUGGACUGGCUUAAUCCGGAACUCUUCAAAUAAGAUCCUUCGAUU